ACCAAACCACAAUGAUUGAGGACGUGCCGAUAAUAUCCAUAAAUGUGAAAAUUCUCAAGUUCUGGUCUUUUAUUUUGGUGCAUAACUGGCGUCGUUAUAUAAGUAUAAUACCAGCCAUGAUUAUGAAUGUUGCACAAUUUCUCGAUAUGUAUUUUACAACGGAACCGAUUGAUUCCAUUGCCAGGAAUUUUUACUUUGUGGUAUUAUGGUUUAUUGCGGUUAUGCGGGCUUUGUACUUGACUGCAAAUCGACGUAAAUUUGAAGUUUUCAUGGAGAACUUGGAGUAUAUGUACCAUGAAAUUAAGAGGGAUGGUGAGAAACCAAUUGUAAAUUUAUUAAAUGAAGUGACAAACAAUGCGAGGAGAAUUUCGAAAUUCAAUUUGGCUUUUGCAGCUUUUGUAAGCACUGGUUUUGUGCUAUAUCCUCUGUUUACAGGCGAUCGAGCUUUGCCAUUUGGCGUCACAAUUCCGGGUGUUGAUAAGUAUGCUGAGCCAGCCUACGGUAUCAUCUAUGCAUGGCAAGUAAUCAUCACUCCUAUGGGAUGUUGCAUGUACAUAUCCUUCACGAGCAUUGUUGUCGGUUAUAUGAUGUUUGGAACGGUAGCCGCCCAAUAUUUACAACAUCGACUAAGGAAGCUACGGGAGCCUGGUGAUACUGAUAGAAUGGUGAUGAUGAAAAUUGUUUGGUGUGUACAAUACCAUCGGAGGUUGAUAAGGUACACCUCUCAAUUGAACGAUUUGGUUACAUAUGUCUCUUUCCUUGAGUUUGUUACAUUUGUUGCCACAAUCUGCGCCUUGUUAUUUGCUUUGAAUAUUGUGACGACAUUUCAACAAAUGUUUAUUGUCUCCACAUAUAUCUUUAUGAGAGUAAUACAGAUCUUCACUAUGUAUUGGCAUGCUAAUGAAUUAUCAGACCAGAGCACUAAAGUGGCCAUUGCAGCAUACGAUUCUCCAUGGGUGGACUUCAAUGUACCCGCUAGAAAGGCGUUGGUUUUUAUCAUUUUGGUAGCUCAGAAACCAUUAUCGAUCAUGGUGGGAAAUAUUUAUCCAAUGACGAUGCAAACAUUUCAGUCGAUAUUGAAUGCUGCAUAUUCCUUCUUUACAAUUCUUUCUCAAAUCUACGGUUAAAGCAGGCCGAAAUAA